CUGGCUCUCGACGCAAGGUUGCCACAGAUCGUGGAUGGGUUAGCCGGCUACUCUAUCGUGAUGACAGGAGUACAUACCAGCCCAUCGGUGAGGGCGAUGAAUAGGAACUCGCGAGGAUUGAGGGCGACCACGUGAAGGCGCACGAAGAAGAUUUGCAUCAUACGAGGGAGCAGCUCUCUCCCUCCUCUUCUUCGCCCACGUCUCCUAUUGCUGCUGCGGUUGCCAGUUGAAGUGCUAUCUAAUUGCGAGACAGUAUGCUAGUGUCAGCAAUGUUGCUUCUCUGGCACGCUAAUUUCAUUUAUCACCAGCAGUUGUGCCUUUCAAUCCUCAUGAUAUGCUACGUACUGGCUCACAAUUACGACUUCACUUCAUUGACACCAUUUGCGCAUCUUACUGUUUCGUCAUUACUGUAUACUUUCAACCACAAUAUUAUGAUUUUCUCCUUCCGUUAGAUUUAUAUUGCUUCGGUAAUGUCACGUGUCCGCAUGAGUUUUCCUUCACCUCCAACAGUCGCGCUGUUAUAUCGCAGCUGGGCGCGUCAGUCAGUCUGCAGGAAGCAUGGACUGUUUCGGUAUAUGAGCCGUAGCUCGGAUGCACAUACCAAAGAGCUGUUGCAUGUGAACAGCACGGGGCAAGCUCCACGGGAUGUAACCUUCGAGUCCCUUGGAGUGGGGACACCAAUCGCGGCGGCCCUCCGUGCUGCAUUCCCCGAUGUUCAGCAACCCACCACAAUGCAGCGCAAGAUGAUAUCUGCUGUGGUGGGUAGGCAAGAUAUUCUCUUGCAGGACUUUACGGGUACUGGGAAAUCAUUUGGAUUGCUACUUGGACUCCUGAGCAAACCAAGGAUCUCUAGAUACGAUCCGGAAAAAGGAAAGGACCAUGCAACAAAGGGCAUCACAACUCUCUUGAUCGUCCCCCACCGUGACCUUGCAUACCAAUUUUUGCACUGGCUACACCACAUGUUGACGUCUACGGGUGAGCCUGGUCCAUAUUCGCUCGCUUCGAUUGCACAGGUGCUAGUCCGCGGCUCACCACCCAAAAACCUCACAAACUCAUCUCCUCGGAUCCUGGAGGCGAUUGUGAACCCAUCGUCAUCUGGAAUAUCCGUGCUCCGGGAUUAUCCUCCGCAUAUACUUAUUGCCACACCAACUGCGCUUAUGGACGUGCUUCGCAAGGAGCCGGAAGUGCUCCGGUUAUCCACGUUAUCGACUGUCGUCGUCGAUGAGGUGGACUGGCUUCUGCAGGUUCCCCAGAAAGGCUUGAAGUAUAGCACAGAAAAAACAGCGCGGUUAAAUCAGAAGCGGCAUCCUGAAGUUCUGAAGACUGUGCUAGAUGUCCUCUAUACGAACACGAAAACGAAUGCUUCAAACCUUUUGCGGAAGCGUCUUUUGCAGAUGAAGUUGGCCCCGAUUAAUCGGCCGCAACUGAUCAUGCUCAGUGCAACGAUGCGAAAUAGGCUGAGGACGGCUUUCUUUGGCGCUUACGGGUGGUUUAGAAGGGGAAACGUGUUGAAGCUUAUAAAAGCUUCGUCUGGUUCACGUCCGGCUCACGGUCUUAACCGCACGAUCACACACCAUGUUCUUGUCAUGUCGCAGGAUGGCUCUGUGAAAAAUAUAACUGGUGCUCGCACAGCUCGAGCCCUCACACCGUCGGACUCUGAGCAUGCGAGUUCUUGUGGAGAACAGGACGAAGAAGAAGAGUUUAUUUUUGAUGAAGAUGAUGAAAUACUGCUCGAUAAUGAGACUAACGCGAAUAUGCUGCAAGCUCCUCCCGUUUUCAGUCCUGGGAUGCUUGAAGCCGUUGCAUCCGCAUUCGCUCUCGACGUACCAAACAUUGCGCUUCUUGUUGUACCUGCAACUACAUCCGUCCGACGAGUUAUUUUUGAGCUGAAUCAACUCGGGGUGAAUGCCCACGGUCUUGAUCUCGUGGACAAUGAAGCCGGACGGGCACACCUUCUGUCUAAGGACAGGGAUAUUCCCGAUGAGAAUCCCACCUUGCUUGUAUCGACGCUUGCAACGACUCGAGGGAUCGAUUCUCCUGCGCUAACCCACGUUUUUCUCCUUGGACUUCCGGAAGGACGCGCGGGAGAUGUUUACCAGCAUGUCGCAGGGAGAGUUGGCCGGUUCGGCCGCCGAGGGAAAGUGAUCACCAUCGUGGAGGGACGCCGGGAGAAUGAGGAGAAGAAUGGUAAAGUUUGUGUCAGGGAUGAUUCGAAGAAGAUGGAUGUAAUGCUGAAGAAGCUUGGUAUUGGUGCAACAAAGCUAGAGCACUUUGACUGACGCGGGCAGAAAUAUUUUACAAGUCACACCGUGACCGUGCCCGUCGGUAGAUUAGAUAUGCCUAGGGCUGGGAACCGAGGUAGAGUAUGGUAAACAUGAGUUUUGAUGUGGCGCCGUUGUGUGGGUUGUGACGGGAUUAUUAACGGCGGUAGUAUGCUGUUGGUUGCUGUCUUGCACGCGGAUCAAACCAAUCAUAGGUCCAAAUAGGACCAGUGGCAUGAUGUAACCUU